CUUACUGCUGUCUGAUGCUCUUCCUGAUCAGCGCGAACAACAAACGCGCUAAAAUUCUUGGACCAGACCGGUUCUGAAGCCCAGAGGAGUUUCCAGCUGAGGACUGGUUUGAGCGAGAGAACCGGAUCAGUCUUCAGGUCCCGGAUUCAGUUUUUGGUUUUUACAUCAGCUGGAGAUCUUUGAUGUCCAAACACACGAGCUUCCCGGAGCCGGUUGAAGAGCCGAACCUGAUCCAGGAGUCAGGAUGAGCCUCCAGUGGACGGCGGUCGCCACCUUCCUCUAUGUGGAAGUUUUCCUCGUUCUUCUACUCUGUAUCCCUUUCAUCUCGCCAAAGAGGUGGAGCAAGAUCUUCAAGUCUCGCAUCAUUCAGACCAUCGCUCUCUAUGGAAACACCUGGUUCAUGGUGGCCAUCGCCAUCCUCGUCUUCCUCCUCAUUGAUGCGUUCCGAGAGGUGAGGAAGUACAGCGUGACUGAGAAGGUGGACGUGACCAACAACCCGACCGCCAUCGAGCACAUUCACAUGAAGCUUUUCCGAGCCCAGAGGAACGAGUACAUCGCCGGCUUCGCCCUGCUGCUCUGCCUACUGCUGCGUCGUCUGGCGACUCUGCUCUCCCAGCAGGCCUCGCUCAUGGCUUCCAACGAAGCCUUCAAGAAGCAGGCGGAGGGCGCCAGCGCCGCAGCCAAGAAGUACAUCGACGACAACGAGCUUCUUCAGGAGAAACUGCGUGCAGCUGGGAUUGAGGUCCCAGAGGGCGGGAAGAAGGGAGCUGGUCCACAGGAGGAGAACAAAGUGCUGAAGGAGGAGAUGAAGACGCUGAAGGAGGAGCUGGAGACCACCAAGAAAGCUCUGCAGAAGUCUGACAGUGACGUUCAAGCCAUGAAGAAGCAGGCGGAGAACCUGACGGUGGAGUAUGACCGACUGCUGGAGGAGCACAGCAAACUGCUGGCGAGCAGCGACAAGAAAUCCGACUGAUGGACUGAAGGUUGCUUCCGUCUGUUUCCCGCCGGCUGCGUCUUCAUCAUCUCUCACGUGUCAGCGGACUCUGCUCAGCUGUGAUUGGAUGACGAUCAUGUCCGUCAGCCUGUUCUUCUUCAGUUCUGCUGCUGCAUGAGUUUUUCUGUUUUUGUGAUCGGUUCGAUGGUGUUUCUGCAGCAUUCUUCUUCUUCUUCUCUGCUGGACUUUGUCUCCCAUUAAGGCUCCUGUUGCUUCAUUCUGGGACGUUUCCUGAAUGUGGAGCCGUCGUCCUCCAGUGGAUGGUUUUCAUCGUCGCCUCAUUCCUCUUCAUCACAUUCAUCACAGAUGGUAACGGAGGAUGUUCUCUGGUGCAGCGUGGACUUCUGUUGUCAUUGAAGUAGAGAUGGACGCCACUCCUCACCUCGCUGUUUGGAAAUGUUUUUGUCAAUGGAUUAAAAUGUUUCUUAGAUCCA